AUGGCUAAUCGCAGAAAUAGGAAUGCUCCAGUCCCACCAGUCGCAGCCCCUCCAGUAGUUCCCGAGCGGGAUCUGGGGCAGCGCAUCGCAGAGUUUCGCGGGUUUCACCCAGCGACUUUCAACGGACAGGGAGAUCCUCGACAAGUCGAGGAAUGGGUGCGCAACCUUGAUCUUAUCUUCGAGGUCAUGGGUUGUCCCGCGCCAGUCAAGGUCAUGUGUGCUCAACUUCAGUUGACAGGGGAUGCGGGACUUUGGUGGAGUGCCUACUGGGCCAUGAGGCCUGGGGAGAAGACUAAUCUCACGAUGGAGAGACAGUUCCUGAGUCUGGAGCAGGCGGGUCGGACUGUUGACGAGUACGAGCUCGAUUUCUCUCGCCUCACCUUCUUCGCGCCGAACCUCGUUGACACGGAGGCGAAGAGGACGAAGCGAUUCCGGUGCCAUGGGCCCCAUGACAUAUGCUGA